AUGAAAAGAUCAAGUUUUUUAGGUCGCCGUCGUCAUGAAGACGACGAUGAACUCGACAUUUUCGCAACGUGCGCUGAUUAUAGCAACAAUAACAUUUAUAAUUCUUCGGAUAGAGAUUCUAGUGCAAACGAAGAUCCUUCCACGGAUUCAGAUUUAAGUGAUGAUGACAUUUUAAAUGAAAUUAAUUUAGAGGAAAACAAUAACCAAAAAGUAUGUGAUGAAAAAAAAAACGCACAUACACAAAACAAUAGCUCCGAAUCACAAAAAACUUCUCACGGUGCUAUAACAAUCGUUUCACCUGAUAAUUCUUCGAAAAACAUAAAAGAGGUUUUAAAAUUGAACGAGGGAAAAGAGACUGAUACAUACUACGUAAACAGCACGGAUGAGAGAAAGGAUACUCCAACCGAAAACCAUAAAAUCAAUAAUGCGUUACCAAAUAAUGCAGAGAAGUCUUACAAAACUCACGAGAAACGGUUCCGUCGACGUAUGAGAGGUAGAGGUGGUUUCGAGUCUGCCAACGGAAGAAUCUGGGACAGGGAAACUUCAAAAGAUAAAGGUUUCCGAUAUCCUUCUUAUUUCGAACAUGAGGAUCGGUUAACUGAGGUACCUGAGGAUUCGUCAACACGUUUAAAUCAGGAUCAUUUAAAGAAAAAUGAAAACAUGGAAGCAAGAAAGAAUCUAACACACUCAGCCAAUCAUUUUAGUUCCGAUCGUCAAGUCUCCAAAAAAAAAAUCGCAUCUCAAGACAAAUGGCUGCAUGACCGUUACGAACAAUUAUUAGAUACAACAAAGCCAACGCCUGAUUUAAAAAAAAAAAAUAGAAGGAAUCGUUCUCAUCGAAAUUAUCUAAGUACAUCUACCAAAAACAUGAGACCUGUGGAAUCGGCGAAAUCAGGAUAAGCCUAUGUGAAUUAGAUAUUGUUGAAAACCUUAACGCGCAACGUUAUAUACUAAUGUCCAGAAUUGCCACCGUUAACUAUCUUAACAAAGACGUAUGCUAGUUUCCAAAAAGCACCUGGUCUCUUCUAGCAGCAUGAUACUCGUCUGAUAAUUCUUUCUUUCGUCUUUAGUUUAUCUUGACUUGCUUUUUUACGAUAUUUUGAAAAUUUAAUAUCACCAAUAUUUAAAUUAAAGAAGAAACUCCGUUGCUCAGGUAUAAUAAAUAUAUAGUAGUAAUUGGACCGCUGUGAACGCUUUUCUUAAGGACAUACCUAUGUAACUUCUUACUUGUUCAACAUUAGAAUAAUUUAAGAUAUACGUUAGAUUUAAACUAGUUUUCAAUUUCUUAAGCAAGACCUUUUAGUACCAUUCUCAUGGUAGUACAUAAUUAUCAAAAAUUUUUAAUGAUAAUUUAAUGUAAUAAAUUUGAUAAAAUUUAAUAAAAAGAAAUUUUUUUAAAACAUUUCGUAUUCUCUAGAAUUACGUAAACAAGAUGACUAUGUUCAGUAUUUCUGUCAAAACGUUAAUAAAAGUAUAUAAGUUUUUACCGUUUUGAAUUCCAUGAAGACUUUUAUAAAAUAUUUUCUUCAUGAUUAAAUUUUGCACGUGAUUGUUUUUAAACAGUCUUGUAACUAGAAUCUUUAGAAACUCAUUCGACGAUAAGAUAUAUCACUUGUUUUUUUUUAUCCGUCAGAUAAUUGGUAAAUCUUUGAAACUUAGCAUGUAUUAUAGUUUCUAAAAGAGAUAA